AUGCAUAAGCCACAAGCCAUCAAUCAAUAUGAAAAUGAUGGCGAUGAUGAGGGCGACGGCGGCGAUGGCUUGGGGGGACGGGUGAUCGGUGGAAUUUGGAUUAACAAUUUCUGCGCUAACAAAUUGCUGAGAUCAGCUGUAGAACGCGAUGCAGAACGGUAUCUUGCGUACGAGGAAAUCGCGGAUGUUGCGGCCCACCGGGAAGCGGAAGAUGCACAGGUCGAGCAGGAUGAUGGCGACGAUGAUGGCAACGAUGACGGCGGCGAUGGCGGAGGGGGAAGUAGUUACUUCACUGCUCAUAUACCGCACCCUGUGGAACGGCCUGAUGCGGAAGUAGCUCAUGACGCAGAUGACUAUGAUGAUGAGGACGACGGCGGCGAUGAUGAUGGCAACUGUGAGAUUUGA